UGAAUUGAUCAGACAUUUGCCUCUUUAUAGUUAAGUAAUAUACUAGCUCUUAAUGGUUCAGACCUCUUACUGGUUCAACACUUAAUGGUUUAGACUUCUUAUUGAUUCAACACUUACAUAUUCAGAAGUUGCCAAACAGCCAUUAAGAACAACAUCAAUUUACCCUUACAAAAAGUUAGCCACAAGUGGGGGCGAGUGUGGACUGUGGAGACUGGAUAGAAACGGAGAUGGAGGAAGAGGAGCACGAGGUUUAUGGAGGCGAAAUCCCCAUCGAAGGUGAAUUGGACGGAGAUGCGGAGGCUCACGGCGCCGAGGUCGACAUGUCCACCGCCGAUGACGGCGCCGUUAAGGACCUGGAUGAGAUGAAGAAACGUCUGAAGGAGAUGGAAGAAGAAGCUGCGGCGCUUAGAGAAAUGCAAGCCAAAGUUGAGAAGGAGAUGUGCGCCGUCCAUGGUGAUCCUGCCAGCGAUGCUGCUUCUCAGGCAAGCAGGGAGGAGCUUGAUUCACGAUCAGUAUAUGUUGGCAAUGUUGAUUACGCAUGCACCCCUGAGGAAGUUCAACAACAUUUCCAAGCAUGUGGUACAGUGAACCGAGUCACUAUUCUGACAGACAAGUUUGGCCAGCCAAAGGGCUUUGCAUAUGUCGAAUUCCUUGAACAAGAAGCCGUUCAGGAAGCAAUCAAGCUGACCGAAUCUGAAUUGCAUGGACGCCAAUUGAAGGUUAUGCCCAAGAGGACAAAUGUUCCUGGAAUGAAACAGUUUCGUGGGAGGGGUUUCAACCCUUACAUGGCAUAUGGUUUUCGGAGGCCUUAUGUGCCUCCUUACUUCUAUUCCCCUUAUGGAUACGGGAGGGUACCAAGAUUCAGGCGGCCAAUGCGAUACAUGCCUUACUAUUGAAGUGCAAAUGAAACUGAGCAAUUCAAAACCUCCUUCGUUAUAAGCCUGCUUUUUUUUAACUCUAUUAUCCUUUUAUAGAGAUUUCUAAAUAUGUCCUUUGAAGUACUUGGUCUCAUCUGAUUGAUGAUGGAUGUCUUAGAGUUGAGAUUCUAUCCUACUAACUGGUAGUGUUAGUGUGGGCAUUGUUAUUCAGGUUUUCUGGUUUAUAACUCUAUUAAAUAUGCCCUUUUUUA